UUCGUCGCUCGACUCAAACAGUCUUGGACCAAGUUUUCUCCUCCGCUUCCACGUCAUUUGUAAAUCAAACCUCCCUCCCAACAACAGACACUUAUUAUUGGCAUCUCUUCAUCAGCGCGUGAGUAUCAUCUUUUUUCAACUCUAGUAUUAUAAACUCUAAUAUCUGCGUUCAUCUUUAAUGUUGCUUUAACUCAUUCUUCUUUAUUGUUUGCAUUCAUUCUUAUUUAAUCUCUUUUUAUGCAACCUUUUUAUUAUCCACUUUUUCCUUCAUCGUGACAGUUUUUUAAAGAACCCCUAUUUGCUUAUUUUGUAUCUGUUUUUUUUACUACCUAAAAUAUAUGUUCUGUAAUUGGGGACUGAUUAUUAGCUUAAGUUGUGAGAGCAUAAUUGAUAUAUGAAUGAAUGCACUUUGUUGGUCUUAGGCGUGUUUAAUUUAAUCUUAUUUGUACAUUGAUAAUGUGUCGUGAUAUAAUAGGGUAGUGAGGUUGCUGUUUAUUGUGGAAGUGUUUGAUGUGUGGCCCAACAGGAGCGGCAGCCUUGGUUGCAGCCAGAUGGCAACAUCAAAUGAAAACAUGAUGGGAAUUUCAUCUCUUGUAAGCGAGCUGCUUCUUUUGGUUUGAUUCCUGAAAAAGAGCUGGCUCUUUCGGCUCCUAAAAGGUCCCUCAGAUUUAAUUUGGUGCUUAAAUGGCACGUCAACAUAACAAUAUACUUUUAAUAAUAUCAAAAAUACCAAUCUAAAUAAUUGUAAAAUGAAUUUCUAUAUUAAAAAGCAAUUAUAUGAAAUGUUUGGUAUAACUAUAUUAUAUUUUAACUUAAGAGCCUUCUCCAUCGCUGCCCCCACCCUCUGGAACUCUUUGCCCCAUUCACUCCGUGCUUGCCCCAACCUUCCCAGUUUCAAAAAACAACUAAAAACCCACCUCUUUAAAUCUGUUUGUAAUGUCUAACUUUUUAUAUCUGACUGCCGCUUUUACCCAUGUUUUAGCUGUGUAUAAACAAAUGAAUGUUGUAUUUUCAUGUAUCUUUUACUCUGUUUAGUUGCUUUUAUUCAACUCCAUUUUUUCUGUAAAGUGUCUUUGAGUAUUUUGAAAAGCGCUAUACAAAUAAAAUGCAUUAUUAUUAUUAUUAUGGCUUUAUUUUUUACUAUAUAGAAAAGAUUUGCCUGUGAAUAUUCUCUUUCGUCCAGGUUAUUGUAUUAUCAGGGCAUUGAAUCGAUGGCAACUUGACUGUUCAUGUCGUCCUCUAAGACAUGUCACCUGUAUUCUGAGCAGGUGACAUCAGUUCAUGCUCCAAGACUAGGUAGGACAGCUUUAGCCUGACUAAAUAUUGAAAUAAACACGUGUCUCUCAUGACUUGUCUGCAUGGCCUAUAGGAUGAAGAUCAGGUAUUGCUCCAGCCUAGACUUUAUUUUGCUGCCGGGUGGGAUGUGUUUUUUUUUCAGCAUGCAUGGCAGACACUCCCUUUUAAUGAAGGUUGACGCAAAUGACGAUGAAAGGCUAUUUUCUCCUCUAGUGCAGCAGACGGUGCGUCAGUGCGCCAUGCGGACCCCCUCCUGCUGAAUAUUGACGAGGUUGUGACAUGUUCCAACUGCGUCUGACCUUACUGCUCUGGAUCGGAGGAACAUCCAGCACGCAAGGUGAGGUCAUACCUUCGUCCGCUUUAAAUGCAGAGGCGGGAAAACCCGUCUUGUUGGGCUGCAAUGUUACAACGGCAACGGGCGACAGCGUCCAUCAGGUGCGCUGGCUUGACAGACACAACAAGCUCCUGCUGGCGUACGAGGAGAGGGCUGCCGUCCGCAUCAGCCACCGAUCGCCCGGCGUGCAGCUGGCCGCGUCGAACAAAGACUCCAGCUACAUCACCAUCACGAGGGUGCUGCCUGAGGACGAGGGCUGCUACCGCUGCAUCUUCGAUGUCUUCCCAAAGGGCUCACAAGAAGGCAGCGCUUGCGUCACGGUGACCGCCAAGGUUCAUCUGGACGGCAAUAAGACGGCUCUGAGUGGCAAGCCAUCCACCCUGUCCUGCUGGUACAGCCUCCCUGAGCGGGUGCAGCAGGUCCUGUGGAAGAAGACCGUCCAGCGGGGCCACACCAUCACCGUGGCCGCCUAUUCCAAGCAAGGCCACUAUAACAUCCAAGAGGCGCUGAAAAGCCGCUUGAGUCUGACUCGAAGUCUGGACGACACCCGGCUGGGAUUCCAAGCGGUUGCAAUUGAAGAUGAGGCCUGCUACACCUGCGAGUUCAACACCUACCCUGACGGGACCAGGAGUGCCACUGCUUGCCUUUCUGUUUAUGUGUUACCAGAGGCAAAGGUAACCCAUGUGACGUCGUCUUCGGGGGUCACCGAGGCCAACUGCACUGCACGCUCGCGGCCUGCGGCAAAUAUCACAUGGAGAAUCGGUGAGGACAACCAAUCUGUGGAAUCCUCACUCGUUUCCCUGGCCGAUGAGGUGGAUGGCACCACGACGGUGACAAGCACGCUGCACCUCCAGUCGGGGGUUCUCACUGAGAUGUCGGUCCAGUGCAUAGUGCAACAUCAGGGACUGGAGAAAGCUCUUACGGUGUCCCUCAACACCCUUGACCGAUGAGGCGCCAUUGCUGCUAUGAGGGAAGACCUGCAAGGAUCCCAAGCCUCUGCAAGGAGAUAUGCAGCGUGAAGAACUACAAUAAAAACGAUGGUGUGCUUUCUUUUUUAUACAUUGUUGAGCUGUUGAGCUGCCAGUCUAGAGAGCUAGUACAGACUUCCCUAUCUGCUGUAAAUUCUACCAUUUGAAGAACUGUGGUGGUGCUGUGCUCUUUAAAGUGCACUGAAUGGAUUUGAUGACAGCAUGAGAAAGACGGGAGGGGCCGCAGUAAUUUGAAGCGCCUCUGGCGUGCUGUUUAUAGCGGCUGAGGCCAAGAAGGGCAGCUGACCUGCGACAGACGAGGUCGCUGCUGUCCACAGAUUGCUCUGUGAAGCUGAAUGCCACUGGAAAAAAAGGACAGUUUACGUUGAUGUUUGAAAUGUUGUCAUUAGAGCUUAAAUACAAUGAAUGGAAAUCUACUCUUUCUCCUGUCUUCACACAUUUCUGGUUCCGUAAAUGUCACACAGCAAAGAGAAAGCUGGGAGUGAAGCGGCGUGUUUUGAUUCCUGGCUGCGUUGGUGACAAAAAUGUGAAAUAAAGAGUCUUAUCAGCAGGAAGCAGUCUACCCCGCUGGUGCUUUUACAUGUCCCUGAACUGCCAAUGCUUGGAAGUACCAGCUUUAUUUAAAAUGCAUAUUUGCUCUGUGUGUUCUUCCCGAGCGUGCAUGGGUUUUCUCCGGGUUGUCCGGUGUCCUCCCGCAUUCCAAAACAUGUUAAGUUAACUGUUCGUAACCCAUGCCAAGCUAAAAGUCAACUCUGAAACCCCAACGUCACUUCCUGUCAACACGCUAGAACAGGAACACAUUUACAGCAAAACACAUGAGCACUUAAAUGGCUUCUUUUUCUAUUUAUGUCUACUUUAUGUCUACUAUAUGAGUAUAAAUGCGGAUUAUAGGGGUGUUAUUCAUGACUAGAUUGCUCUAAUAGUGUUAAAAUGUGUAUUUAGAAGGUUAUAAAAAUGUUUUC